AUCUAAAGACAAAAUAUCAUCAGAGUUUAGAUCGAAAACAGAGGAAUCAGAGAAGCUUACUUGAGACGAUGGAUAUGAGAUUCUCACCGGUGUUGCUUUGCGUGUCGUUGGUUCUCCUCUCUGGAUUUGGCCAGUUUGUGAUCUGUAGUCAAGAAGAAGGAACGUACAACGACGUCGUGAGUAUGAAGCUUGGUGGAUUCAGCGAUUCUUCGAAUAAACGUAACGGUGGAGGAGAGAUCGAUGAUAUAGCACUCUUUGCUGUUCAAGAACACAAUAAGCGAGAGAAUGGUAUUCUUGAGCUUGCUAGAGUAUUAAAGGCAAAAGAGCAGGUGGUUGCUGGGAAACUCUACAGUCUUACACUCGAAGUUAAAGAAGGAGUUGAGAAGAAGAUUUAUGAAGCUAAAGUUUGGGUGAAGCCAUGGAUUAACUUCAAGCAGCUUCUAGAGUUCAAGAGUGUUGUCCCUUCUUUCACUGUUUCCGACCUUGGCUUGAAAUCAGAUGGGAAGGGAUUUGAGUGGAGAUUAGUAUCAACAAAUGACCCUGAAGUGCAAGAGGCAGCGAAACACGCCGUGAAGUCGAUUCAACAGAGAUCAAACUCGCUGUUUCCUUAUAAACUCAUAGACAUAAUCCUAGCCAGGGCAAAGGUAGUUGAAGACCGUGUGAAAUUCGAGUUGCUUUUGAAGCUAGAGAAGGGAAACAAAGCAGAGAAGCUCAUGGUCAAAGUGAUGAAGUACCAAAACGGCAAGUUUCACUAGAGUUUGUUGGAUAUCUCUUGGGUUUGGUUGUGUCUUUCUGUGAAUAAAAAAAAAUACUACUAGCUUUUAUAGAAUAGGCUAAAAAAACUGAUGUUGUGAUGAAAAAUAAAACUGUUUGCCCUGUAAAAAAAUCUUUUUCUUGUAAGUAAAACAUGUAAAAUAAUGAAUGUGUGAG